AUGUCGUGGAGCUUCCUUCAACAGCACCCUGCAAGAAUGCGCAUCCAAAGAAGUAUGAAGUUUCGUCAUCUGGUCAAUGUGCGGCCCUUGACAGGCUGCGAUUCCGCGGCGCACCCUCAUGUCGACAUGAGCCAGAUCAUGACCCCGAAUCAUCCACGCCGUGCCUCCGCGCUGACCGAGAUUCGGAAUGCUCUGAGCACACGGGGGUACUUCUACGCUAGCAACGUGGACUCCCUGCCACAGAAGUACAUCGAGCGAGUCUACGCCUUCGCGCGCUGCCUCCACGAUUUGCCCGUGGCCGAGAAGCGGCGGUGUGCACGACCCAAAGGUACCUACUCGGGCUCAGAUGCUGGCGUGGAAGAGCUCGCCUACGAGGCAGGAAGCGCCUCCACUGUUCGUGCCUGGGACUUCAGCCGCGUGCGGUUUCCUACGUCUGGCCGCACACAUCCGGAGGUGCGCUGCCCAUCUUCUGACCUGGGAUUUCACGACUUCUUGGAUGAUCUGUAUGGACGCCAGGAUCGCCUGGCCAUGGCCUUGAUGACGGCCUUCGCAGAGAUGCUGGACCUCCCGAGCGACACCUUCUCUUCCUGCUUCUCAGGGGAUGAUAUGGGCACCAUCCGCUUGCUGCACUACCCGGCCGCCACAAGCUCAGAGGAGGCAAGGCGGCGUCAGGAAGCGAAUUACGGCAUCAGCCCUCACACCGACUUCGAGGCGUUUACGUUGAUGCACCAGAACGCGCCGGGCUUGCAAUUCCUUCCACCGGACGGCUCCGAUUGGGUGGAUGCGCCCGUGCGCGAGGAAGAGUUCGUGGUGAUCGUGGGAGACAUCCUGGAGCGAUUCACGAACGGGAUGCUCCGAGCGACGCCGCAUCGCGUGCUUCAGACCACGUGGGAGCGGUUUUCCAUCAUCCGCUUCAAUGCCGUGACUCCCGAAACCCUCGUGGAGCCCUUGGCCCAGUUCGUGACAGAGUCGCGACCAGCCAGGUACACCCCUGUGACGAUGCGCAAGCACAUGGAGACUACCGUGGGCCGCCUUGAGCAGGGCCUGGGCGCCUGGGAGAAGGGUCAGCCGGGAAGAAGCCUGACCGCCAACUUCGUCUACGACGACCCAGGUCUCUGA